AUGGAUAACAAUCCAGCCGUGGAUGACGGAAGCUGCAACCAGUUGGAUAGUACCGAGUACAGCCACUUUGCUCUUGCUAGGCAUCGGUGGAAACAUGGUGUCGACGCCGCCGAUCUAUCACGCAUGGGUGUCGGCUACGUUCUUACUCGUAAGAUUCCAAAGAAACUUCAUUCUAGUCUUUGGCCAAAGAACACAUCAGAACGACGCAGUAUCAUCGCGAAUGAGAGCCGGACUGCAGUGUCGACAAAUAUCCCUCAUCCAAAAACUGCGGCACAUGAAUCUCGCAGGAUUGGACGAAGGAAUGGAUGGACUUUUGGGGUCAUCAUCAGAUAUUGGACGAUGAAGCCCUCGAAGAUCCUAGCAACUUUUCUCUGGAGCUGUGCUGCCCAGGCUGCUGCGUACAACAGUACUACAGAGGCCAAGGUGGCCAAGAUCAAGGAACUGCUUACGCCUCAGCUCUCCGAGAACGCCACUAUCAUUUAUCCCGACUCCGAUCAGUGGGGUGAUGUGACCGAACGUGCUGCUUCUCCUCGUGUCAACCCGGGAUAUCUCGCCGUUGUUGAAGUCGCAGCUCAAGAUGAUGUUGUGAACACGAUUAAAGUCGCCAAUGAGAUCGGAGUUCCAUUUUUAGCCGUGACCGGCUCUCAUGGCUGGACUGACGACAUUAGUAAGAUUCAGGAUGGGAUACAGAUCCGCAUGCGUGGCCUCAAUCACGUCGGUCUAGGACCCAACAAUGACACCGCAUACGCCGGUGGUGGUGUUAUUCAAUACGAAGUCGUCCAGGGUUUGUAUCCUUAUGGGAAGCAAGCAGUACACGGUCUCUGCGAGUGUGUCUCCAUCAUGGGCCCUCUCCUAGGUGGAGGCCACAGCAUGCUUCAAGGCGCCCACGGUUUCGCUGCUGACAACUUGGUCUCGGCCCAAGUAGCACUCCAUAAUGGUACUGUCGUCACUGCCUCGACCACGGAGAAUGAAGAUCUUUUCUGGGGCCUUCGUGGUGCCGGCCACAACUUGGGUAUCGUUCUUGAGUUCGAGGUCAAAGCGUACGACAUUCACCCUGACCCAUGGACUUUUAUCACCUUUGUCUAUGAGGCUGAUAAAAUUGAACAAUAUUUCGAAGCCUGGAACAAGCUCGAGGACGACAUUGCUGACCCUGGACUGGUUGUCCUGAACGGUUACUACCGCAACUUGCCCGAGUACAACGAUGAAAAGCUCCAGCCUGUUCUUGUCAUGGAACUUAUUUACCAAGGCUACGACACCGCCGCUCCCCAGUACAUUGAGGCAUACCGUGCCAUAGGCCCGAUCCAUGAGGAGAACAUAACCGAUAUCUAUUGGAACAAACUGUUCGAUGUUACCAACUUCGGUCUAGAUGACUCUGUCUGUGUUCCCGAUCAGAAUUGGGCCGGCUACGUAAAUUCCAUUGCCCGGUGGAACACCACGUCUAUGCGCGAAAGCUACGACAUCUUUGCCGAUCUGGUCGCCAUUGAUACCUACAACACCUCUACCUUUAUAUUUGAGUCCUAUGGUCGCAAAGGCGUCCGCGAUAUACCCGAUGACUUUGACGCUGUUGCUCCAGAAGAGCGCAACAAGCACAACAUGUUGGCUGCCUUCUUAUUUUGGUCAGGUGAUGAUACGGCCGAGCUUGCCGUCGCUCGUGAGUUUGGAGAGAAGCUCCAAGUUGCCGGUCGGAAUGGUGAGAUUGCCCACUCCUAUGUCAACUAUGCCAUCGGCGGCGAGGAGCUUCCGCAGGUGUACGGUUGGGAAGCUGGACGCCUACAAAAGCUUCAGGCUAUCAAGGCCAAGUACGACCCUGACAAUAAGUUUGGAUUCUAUGCUUCUCUUGCAGAAGAAGCUCAGAUGUGA